CAAGAUGUCGUUUAUGAAAGGUAGAGCCCCGAUUCGUCGUACUUUGGAAUACUUAAAUGCUGGCCGCUUGGUAUUGAAGGAUAAAGUGAAAAUCUUCAGCGUCAAUUAUAAUACCUAUGGCGAACAUCAUGAUGGUGCCCGUGAUUUCGUAUUUUGGAAUAUACCCCAAGUCCAGUAUAAAAAUCCAGCUGUACAAGUUGUUACAUUCAAAAAUAUGACACCAUCCCCAUUUGUUCGUUGUUAUUUCGAGGAUGGUCGUGAUAUUUUGAUUGAUAUUGAUAGCAAAAAUCGUCAUGAAAUUAUGGAUCAUCUGAUGAAGGUUGUCGGCAAAACGAAAGAACAAUUGGAUGCCGAAGCACGUUUGGCCGAGAGUAAAGACAAUCCUGCCAACUUUGGUCACGGCUGCAAUCGUCAUUGCAUAUGUGAAAUACCCGGACAAGUUCCUUGCCCUGCAUUAGUUAAACUACCCGAUCAUAUGCGUGGAAAACAUAUUUUUGCUCCCAAAUAAAUUUACGUUACG